AUGGGACCACCAGGAAAUCUUUUCCCCUCUAGGCAUGCCUAUAUCAGCAGUCUGUCUGCCUUUGCUGGAACCAGAAUAGAAACGGUGCUUUUCCUCCUGGUAUGGAUUUGUGGUGUCGCCAACUCAGCUCCCAUCAGACUCGUAGAUGGCCCCAACCGCUGUGCGGGGCGGCUUGAGGUGCUUUGGAAACAGCAGUGGGGAACAGUGUGUGAUGAUAGGUGGGAUCUAUCUGAUGCCAUGGUCGUAUGCAGGCAGCUGGACUGUGGGAAACCACUGUCUGCUCCUGGCUCGGCUCAUUUUGGUGAAGGAACUGGUCCUAUCUGGCUGGAUGACAUGAAAUGCAAUGGUACAGAAGUUGACCUUUCUGCAUGCAGGACCAGACCUUGGGGGGAGCAUAACUGCAAUCAUGGAGAAGAUGCAAGUGUUGUGUGCUCAGGAAAUAGUGAAGCUGUUCAGCUGCGAUUAGUGAAUGGUACAAAUCACUGCUCUGGGAGAGUGGAGGUGCUUUAUGGCCACAAAUGGGGAACGGUCUGUGACGACAACUGGGAUCUAAUUGAUGCUGAAGUUGUGUGCCAUCAGCUGGGCUGUGGGACAGCCCUAUCUGCUGCUUCCUCAGCUUAUUUUGGCAGAGGAUCUGACCCCAUUUGGCUUGAUGAUGUUAUGUGUAAAGGAACUGAAGCUGCCCUGUCUGAAUGCACUGCAAAACCUUGGGGAAAACAUGACUGUGGGCAUGGAGAAGAUGCUGGUGUUGUAUGCUCAGGUUUUGCAAUACCAGCCCCGCUCCGAUUAGUGGAUGGAUCAACCCACUGCUCUGGGAGAAUCGAGGUGUUCUAUGGCCAGCGCUGGGGAACUGUGUGUGAUGAUGUCUGGGAUUUGGCUGAUGCAGAAGUUGUGUGCAGACAGCUGGGCUGUGGGAAGGCCUUGUCAGCUCCCCGUGGGGCUCACUUUGGGCAAGGAUCUGAUCAAAUCUGGCUUGAUGAUGUCAGCUGCAUAGGGACUGAAGCUGCCCUCUCCACAUGCAAAGCCAGUCCCUGGGGAAGCCAUAACUGUGACCAUGGAGAAGAUGCUGGCGUGGUGUGUGCAGGAUUUGCUGAGCUUCUUCCAGUCCGGCUGGUGAAUGGUUCAAGUAACUGCUCUGGGAGAGUUGAGGUGUUUCGUGAGCAGCAAUGGGGAACCAUCUGUGAUGACAGCUGGGAUUUAACAGAUGCUCAAGUGGUGUGCAGGCAGCUGGGCUGUGGGGCAGCAAUAUCAGCCCCUGGCUCUGCUCGUUUUGGACAAGGAACUGGACAAAUUUGGUUGGAUGACGUGAACUGUGCAGGAUCUGAAACUGCCCUUGCUGAGUGCCGAGCCAAGCCUUGGGGAGACCACAACUGUAACCAUGGAGAGGAUGCUGGUGUGGUGUGCUCAGGUGCUGCUGAAGCAGCUCCCAUCCGUCUUGUGAAUGGUCCGAGUCAUUGUGCUGGGAGAGUCGAGGUGUUUCAUGACCAACAGUGGGGAACCGUGUGUGAUGACGGCUGGGAUAAAGCAGAAGCCAAUGUUGUGUGCAGGCAGCUGGGCUGUGGGGCAGCAAUAUCAGCCCCUGGCUCAGCUCGCUUUGGACAAGGCUCUGACCCCAUCUGGCUGGAUGAUGUCAGUUGUGCAGGGACAGAGGCUGCCCUGUCGCAGUGCCAGUUCCAGGCCUGGGGAUCCCAUAACUGCAAUCAUGGAGAAGAUGCUGGUGUGGUGUGCUCAGGUAUACCAAGAGAAGCUCCACUGAGGUUAACAAAUGGGCCAAACCGCUGCAGUGGGAGAGUUGAAGUUUUUUAUGGCCAUCAGUGGGGCACCGUGUGUGAUGACAGCUGGGACAUAAGCGAUGCUGAAGUUGUUUGCCGGCAGCUGGGCUGUGGGAGGGCUCUGUCCACAGCAACUUCGGCUUCUUUUGGAGAAGGGUCUGGCCCUAUCUGGCUGGAUGAUGUGAAUUGCACAGGAGCUGAAACUGCCCUUUCCAAAUGUGAGACCAGUCUGUGGGGAGCCCACAACUGUGAGCACAGAGAAGAUGCUGGUGUCCUGUGCUUGGGUGUUCCAGAACCAGCUCCCAUCCGGCUGGUCAACGGUUCAGAUUUCUGCUCUGGGAGAGUUGAGGUGUUUCAUGAGCAGAAAUGGGGAACCAUCUGUGACGACAGCUGGGAUUUAACAGAUGCUCAAGUGGUGUGCAGGCAGCUGGGCUGUGGGGCAGCAAUGUCAGCCCCUGACUAUGCUCGUUUUGGACAAGGAACUGGACAAAUUUGGUUGGAUGACAUGAACUGUGCAGGAUCUGAAACUGCCCUUGCUGAGUGCCGAGUCAGGCCUUGGGGAGAGCACAACUGUAACCACGGAGAGGAUGCUGGUGUGGUGUGCUCAGGUAUUACAGAACCAGCUCCCAUCCGGCUCGUGAACGGUCCGAGUCAUUGUGCUGGGAGAGUUGAGGUGUUUCAUGACCAACAGUGGGGAACUGUGUGUGAUGAUGGCUGGGAUAAAGCAGAAGCGGAUGUUGUGUGCAGGCAGCUGGGCUGUGGGGCAGCAAUAUCAGCCCCUGGCUCAGCUCGCUUUGGACAAGGCUCUGACCCCAUCUGGCUGGAUGAUGUCAGUUGUGCAGGGACAGAGGCUGCCCUCUCGCAGUGCCAGUUCCGGGCCUGGGGAUCCCAUAACUGCAAUCAUGGAGAAGAUGCUGGUGUGGUGUGCUCAGGCAGUGCAGAAGCAGCUCCUCUCCGGCUGGUGAACGGCCCUAGUCGUUGUGCUGGGAGAGUUGAGGUGCUUCACGGCCAGCAGUGGGGAACAGUGUGCGAUGACAACUGGGACCUGAGCGAUGCUGCGGUUGUGUGCCAGCAGCUGGGCUGCGGGACAGCCAUGUCAGCCCCCGGAUCCGCUUAUUUUGGGCAAGGCUUUGGCCGUAUCUGGCUGGAUGAUGUGAAAUGCUCCAGCAGGGAAUCAGCGCUCUCCGAAUGUGCAGCAAGGCCUUGGGGAGUCCAUAACUGCAACCAUGAAGAAGAUGCAGGCGUCGUCUGCUCUGGUGGAAUCUAAACACUGCAGAUGCUCUGGAGUGGAGAAGAGAGAUGACAGUGCUGGCAAACGUGUAUGACAUUUUUUCAAUGCAAACAAAAGACAUCUUUGAAGGACAGAGUGCACCCAGUACAGAAGCCAAUCACGACACUCAGAUCUAUCUCACUGAAUUGUAAGCACCAAGCAGAUGUGCCCAAAUCAGGAGCAUUGAUGGUCCCCUUCAGCUAAUGAAGAGAUACGGGGUUUUGAACAGA